UAUUCAAGACUAAACAUUCAAACGGGAGCAUAAACGCAAAUUUUUGUAAAUCGACACACACAAGAAAGAAGAGAAUUCAAUUGAAAUUUGUAUUUGCCAUCAGUUGAUAAACAAUCUAUUGUUAAUUAUAUGGCAUUCGUUAUCGGUUGACAAUAAAUUAAGAGAAGACAAUCGAAAAUAAAGUGGAUAAAUCAAAGUCAACAAUUUCUGUGAAAAUUUAGAGCAUACAGUGGAUGUUAAGUGUUGAAUGUGCUGCUCAAAAUCUGACAUUUAUAUUGAUAAUGAUAUAAAUUCGGGAAAAAAACACAAGACAAUUCGGGACAGAACGAGAGUAAUUUGGACAGUUUUUUUUUUGAGAAAAUCCAUAAAGUUCUUAAUGAAAUUUAAAUUCGUUGACACAAAUUGCAUGUGAAUACAUCGAAUCAGUAGAUCAAAGCCGUAUUAUGAACACAAUAUUGACUGACGAGGGCGUUAAUGCUCAACCACAGUCACAUCAAUCGCAGCAUCAACCAGACGCAACAGUUCUUCCUUCACCAAUGACAACAACACCGUCAAAUGAAAAUAAUAUCGGAGAACCAUCUGAGCAGUAUCGAGUUGUGGAAGAAGAACUACAAAAUGUUAAGGAAUCCGAAUUGAGGUACAAACAGCAAAACAUUGAGGCACUGAAACGUGAAAAAAUGCUGAUUCGACGACUGGCAGCUAAGGAGCAAGAAAUGCAAGAAUACAUUAAUCAAAAUGCCGAAUUAAAAGCUUCACAAGCUCCAACAAUGGCCUCUCUACGAUCAGUUUUACUCGAUCCAGCUGUGAAUAUUUUAUUUCAAAAACUUAAAUCCGAACUACAAGCAACUAAAGCCCGUCUUGAGGACACACAAAAUGAAUUGUCUGCAUGGAAAUUCACACCCGAUUCAAAUACAGGCAAAAGACUUAUGGCGAAAUGUCGCCUUUUGUACCAAGAAAAUGAAGAAUUGGGUAAAAUGACAUCAAAUGGACGCCUUGCAAAGUUAGAAGGUGAUUUGGCAUUACAAAAGAGCUUUAGCGAGGAAGUUAAAAAGUCACAAUCAGAAUUGGAUGAUUUUCUACAAGAAUUGGACGAAGACGUAGAAGGCAUGCAGAGUACAAUAUUAUACUUGCAGCAAGAAUUAAAAUUAGCCAAAGAAACAAUUACCAGUCUAGAGCGUGAAAAUUUUUUGCUUAAGAAUGGUAAUGGUGGUAGCGCAAGUGGCAACAAUUGUGCCUGUAGUAAUAACGGUCAUGACUGUAAAGAAGAAAUUGCACGAAGUAAUACCAAUGAUUUGGACAAUAGCGAGAACUAUUCAAAUGGAAUUCAACUAUCCAAUGAACAACGAAGUUUACGACACAAUAGAAUCAUUAAAAGUGGAAAUGGUAAUGGUGCGGGCGACAAUAGUAGUAACGAAACUUCUGAGGACGAUGAUGAAGAAGACGAUAUGUUGACUUCAUCAAGUGAUGACAAUGAAGUUUAUUCUAAGAAUAGUAAAAAUAAUAAUGGAACCGAUAUUAAAAGAAGCAGCCAAAAGCGAACUGUAUCAAUGAAAACGUCAAUCGAACAUAGUGGCAGUAAAAAAACGCGUCGCUCAUCUGCAUUAUCGAUAGACACGAAUGUAGCUGACACAACCACUGAUGCCCAUUAAACCGAGCUCAUUAGCCAACCAUUUCUCGGACUAUUACCAGCCAAUGAUUGUUGAAUUGAUUGAAUUACCACCAAUUUGAACAAAUCAAAAAGAAAAAUUUUUUGUGAGUAAAAUCAAGACACUCUAUGCCAUGCAGAGAUGAGAUGAAGUUUGACACCGUUUUCACAAUCAUUUGCAAUAUACGAAAAGAAAGAGAAAAAAAAAGAAGUAAAUAAAUUGGCAUUGCGCGAUAUAUGUUGAAACAUUUAGCUCACCGAAUUUGAUCUUCAUUUGAUUAUUGAUUGUUUUUAGUAAGAAAUCAGUUCCAAAUUACUUCCAGUCAACGCAAGGUUUAAUAUUAACCAUUUGAUUGAAUUCAUGCGCGCCUUGUUGAUUUUUCUUUUUUUUUACAUUUUGCAUGUCUCAAUCAAUGCAAAUAUUUUGUUUUUCUUUUUUGUAAUUUUUGCACCGAAAAUACAGAAAAAGUGCUUUAAUUAAGAAGAAAAAUACAAGAAUAAAAACAUGAAACAAAUAGAAACAAGACAAAAAUCAGUAAAAUACUCUGUAUAUAAUUAAUUUUUUAGUAAAAAUUUUAAGGAUACGCUGAAGUUUAAACAAAGCAAUUGAAUCGACUUCAUGACCGUUUCACAUUAUUGUUCAUAACGGACAAAAAACACACACACACAUACACACGCAUAUAUACACUUAUAUAGCGGUUCACUUUUUUGGAAGUGGAAAAAUAUAAACAAGGAGUGAUUUUUUUUACCUUGCGCGAUCAAAUUAAUGUUCAUCUCUAGCAAUAAAACUAAACAUUUAUUUGGCAAUUAAAAAUUUAACAAUAAACUUCAUAUUUAAUUCAUAUUCGAUUUUAAUUGAUAUCUGAGACUAGAAAAUAUUUAGUGAAAGAAAAAAUAUACGAAAAAGAUAUUCUAUCUACAAGAGAUGAAAUGAGAAACAUCAAAUUUAAUACAAAAUGAAUUCAAGCCAUAGUUUAAU